AUGUUCUCAGAGUUCACAAGAGAUAGUGCGAACAUCGAAGGAUCCUCCUCUCUCGAGCGCCUCCGCUGGCCCUCGAAGGAGCCCGAAGAAGGAGCCCGAAGGGAGGAGCCCGAAGAAGAGCCCGAAGAAGGAGCCCGACGAAGGAGCCCGAAGAGGGAGCCCGAAGAAGGAGCCCAACGAAGGAGCCCGACGAAGGAGGCCGACGAAGGAGGCCGACGAAGGAGACGACGAAGGAGAGCCCGAAGAAGGAGCCCAAAAGAAGGAGCCCGACGAAGGAGCCCGACGAAGGAGCCCGACGAAGGAGCCCGAAGAAGGAGCCCGAAGGAGGAGCCCGAAAGGAGGAGCCCGAAGAAGGAGCCCGAAGAAGGAGCCCCAAAGAAGAGGCCCGAAGAAGGAGCCCGACGAUCAAAGGAGCCCGACGAAGGAGCCCGAAGAAAGGAGCCCAAAGAAGGAGGGCCGAAAAAGGAGCGACGACGAAGGAGCCCGACGAAGGAGCCGAAGAGGAGCCCGACGAAGGAGCGAAGAACCCCCCGAAGGAGGAGCCCGAAGGAGGAGCCCGACGAAGGAGCCGCGAAGGAGGACCCGAAAGGAGGAGCCCGAAGAGAGGGGAGGAGAGAAGAGCCCGAAGAGGAGCCGAAGGACCCGAAGAGCCCGACGAAAGGAGGCCGACGAAGGAGCCGAAGGAGGAGCCCCGAAGAAGGAGCCCAGGACGAAGGAGCCGAAAGGAGGAAGGCUUCAUAG